UCGUGUUGAACUGAAUGGUUCUUUACAUUCAACAGUAGGUACGAUACCGGUAAAUAAACUAGCAGCUGCCUUUUUCGAUUUCAUGUACCACUGCCAUUUUUUUGUGGCAGCAGCAGCACUGUCUACUACCAGCAGUUUACUAGGAGUGAUAUGUAGUAUGUACCAUCAUAGAAACGUCAAAAUGCUUUCAUCUGCUUCCAACUUUGUCGGCUUGUUUCUGUUCCUUUGUUUUGUCGUGGUUCCUGAAAUUACCGGCGAAGUUUGCAGGGAAACCCCAAAUGAUUUUUCUUGCCUUUGUGCUUCAACCACGCCCAUUGACUUCCCGCGUUCGUAUGAUGUAAAUAAAAUUCCCUCUACGACCAUGCGCUUAGUCCUUGGUUCACGUCAAGAACUUCCUGAUCAGCGGCCCAUUAACCGUUCCCUUCUGGUGUACUGCAAUCUGCUGCGAAAGGACCACACAAGCAUUCCCGAUAGAGGACAUUUAAGACACGUGCACUUACACAACUUUAUUGGAGAAGGCGGUCGGCGGCCACCCUUCAAGCAGUUUUUGCGGUUUGUGCAGUAUCGCAUCGAGACACUGCGGAUCGGACACUCCAAGAUCGGGCAUUUAGAUGCUGAUUUUCUCCAUGGUUUCCCGGAACUAAAGCAGCUAGAUUUGUCGGAGAACGACAUUUAUGAUAUAUCGAUCGAUGCGUUUCAAGAAUUUCAGGGAUAUCCCGCAUCCAGAGCAGAAAUGUUCGAUAAUGUUCUGAACCUGGCAGGGAACGCUCUUGAAGAACUUAACUGGCGCGCUUUUGAACCGCUGUCAUAUUGGGUGAAAAGUUUAGAACUCGGCCAACAAAAUCCAAAACUACGCACAAUACACAUGAGUGGGGCUCCGUUCGAGUUUGGGUUUCUGUCCGACCUUGACAUGAAAAAUAAUGAUUUGACCUUUAUACCUGAUGACGUCCUACGCUCCCUGAAAACGGUGGAAUCAUUUGACCUUCAGGGCAGUAUGCUCUGUGCUGUCGAUGAUUGUUCCUGCUGCGAAACUCAGCCUUUUCUACAGAUGAUUUUAAGUAAAACCACUGUCAGGACGGGUGGCUGGGGGACGCCUUCCUCCAGACGGGGAGCUUUCAGCUGCGGUUCCCAGAAUUUCUACGACUACGGUCAGCAGCGGUCAGAACAGCAGAUGCCCGCUUGUCCUUCAUGUAAACAGGCCCCACCUUUGGAUAUCCGGUGCCAGCAGGGAUCGAUCUCCCUUUCCGACACCAGUGUGGAACAAACCGACGCGCUGGUCGUCCACUUUACCGCUGACACAACAAUGGGCUGCUAUAGGAUUUUCCACGAUUUUUACCACAAUGUAUUAGAACUCGGCAACGUCUCACAACCUCAGCCCACCCCGUCCAGUGUAAUCAGGCUUUUGUGUCACGAUAACCAGAUAUCCGUGUUCGGACCUGAUCCGGAAGUGCAGAAUCCCCUAAAAAUUACUCUGGACACGGAUCUCAGCCCAGACUGCCAUAGCAUUCGUGUGCGAUUCCUGAAGUUCGUCAGAAACGAUUUUUUGAGCGAUGGAGCCGUUACGCCUUUGUUAAUUCCCAACAUAACCGUAAAAACGUGGAUGGCGGACCAUUUUGCGUGCCCGGUUGACGCACCGCUGCGGAUCAGUUGCCAGGCCGGCAAAGCGAUUCUUCCUGUGAAGAUGCUGAAUUCGACGAAAUCCACCGUGGUGUACCUUCGCGGCGACGCAUCGCUUCGUUGCCGCGAAUUCGUUAUCAGUGUGCAUGAAUAUCUCAUCGACUCACAAAGAUCGUCGGUUCACUUUGAUGCAUCACAGGAUGCUAUUGUUGCUGUAUGUCAGCGCGGUCACAUCGUCCUCUCGGAGUCCAAUCCUCGAAUUUCGGUGAAGACGAACUUAACGUAUUAUGGAGCACCCAACGAUCCAUGCCAGAAGAAGUUACGAGAUUUCUUGAACUACAUUCAGGAAAUACGCCCGCAUUAGUCUACCACUAAGAAAGACAUUGAUAACCUACCAGGACGUUAGUUAGUGUCGUUGUCGCACUAAUUUGGGUGGGUAAUCGGCUGAUGCGCUGCAGAAUAAAAUACUUUAGAAAGUUUUCGGAUUUGGUUUUGCUGUUGCAUGAGAUGUUUUAAUUACUGUGUACGCGGCUUACUGCGCAGCGCGUGGUCAGCUGUUUCCACAAUACUUUACGUCAACGUGUUUGAACUAAAGGUAAUUGUCAGUUGAGUUAUGCUCUAAACGCGAAUGCAUGAAAACAGUACCUUUUUGUCGAUUGUUAAGUGCCUUUGAAAAGUUUUCAGCGAUUAUAUGGAAAUACGAAUAAAUC